GCCGAGUAGGAGGAUGGUUAUUUUGGGACAGAGAGGGAAAGAGAGUGACAGGAGAAGGGAAUGUCUGGAGAGGAAGAGGCGGCGAGCAGCAGCGGCGAUGACGAUGAUGUUGUUGUUUUUGUUGGAAAUUAUGCAACGAAAGGGAGAGUAAAAGGAGGGAAUAUGUCUGUUGUUUGGAAAGCUGUGCAUAGACGGAGCGGUCAGGAGGUUGUACUGAAGCAGGUCUACCUAUCGAGGCUGAACAGGACUCUCAGGGAUUCCUUGGAUUGUGAGCUCAGCUUCCUCUCCUCUGUCCACCAUCCUAACAUCAUCCGCCUUCUCGACGUUUUCCAGGUGGAAGCGUGUGUAUUCCUUGUCUUUGAGUUUUGUGCUGGGGGAGAUUUAGCAUCUUACAUUCAGCACAAAGGGAGAGUCGAGGAACAGAUUGCUCGGAAAUUCAUACAGCAGCUUGGAACUGGAUUAGAGGUACUACAUGCUCACCACAUAAUACAUCGGGACCUGAAACCAGAGAAUAUUCUACUCUCUACCUCUGACAGUGAUUCUGUGUUAAAGAUAGCAGAUUUUGGUCUUGCAAGAAUUGUACAUCCCGGGGACUAUGCUGAGACAGUUUGUGGUUCACCCUUGUACAUGGCUCCAGAAGUCCUACAAUUUCAAAAGUACAAUGAAAAGGUUGACAUGUGGAGUGUCGGGGCCAUACUUUUUGAGCUUCUUAAUGGAUUCCCACCUUUCCGUGGUAGGAACAAUGUUCAGUUGCUACAGAACAUUAAGAAGUGUACCUGUCUGCCAUUUUCUGAGCUCUUCGUCCCGGAGUUGCAUCAUGACUGUGUUGAUAUGUGUGUAAGACUACUGUGUAAAAAUCCAGGUCAUUUAUCAGUGGGCCACCGUGAACAUGCCCGAUCACAAACAAAGAUCAGUCUGGUCAUCUUGCAAAGCGUGCCAUUCAGUGGACCUGCAUGACUUUGGACCAGAGCAUCUUCACCAGUGGGCUAGGAUGAUCUCACUUGUGCCAACUGCCACGUUGCACCAAGAAAACCCCCAAGAAUCUCCUGCAAAUCUCUGAAGCUACUGCUGAUGAAUGGUUUGCAUCUUUGCAGGGAAUCGCCUGUCCUUCGACGAGUUCUAUUCCCAUAAAUUCUUGAGAAGAUGAUUUUGGUGAUAGCAGUACUGUAAGAUGUUCGGACCAAAGAUUUUGACAGUAUAUUCUGGCUUCUUCAGUUUGUACAGGUUGGGGCCAGGGUUCAGUGAUCCAAAACAUGAUAUGAUGGCACUUGACAUGGAUGGACUAGGCACCAAAAAUACCUUCAGAUUCCAAUAUCCCAACUAUAGAAUAGUUGGCCUUUUAAUGGUUGAAUGGAAACAGUUUCUGUAUUUUCUUUCUUACCUGUUUCUGUUAGCCACCUAUUGGAAAGUUUAGGAUUUUCCCAUCGUCAAGAUCUCUCUCUCUCUCUCUCUCUCUCUCUCUCUCUGUAUGGACCAUAUAUACUGGGGCUCAUAUUGUCAAUGGCUUGGAUCACCAAGCAAUGGGUCCCACUUGUACAAACUGAAAGGCUCAAAUGAUACUGCACAAUCUCUUCUCCUUUGCAUUGUAUAAAACCUGUUGGUGUGACUUGAGAAGGAAGUGGCAUUUGUAUGACUUGGUUGUAAAAUGAGUGUGAACCUAACAAUUAAGAAGCCAAUAUUAUUGGUUGCAUCAUCUAAUGAAAAUUUACAAUAUUUUUAACA